GACAUUCGUGAGGCAUACUGGGUUGGUUGCAAAGAGUAGUAUAAUAUAUAUUAGUAGCAAAGAUUACAAUAUAUUAGUAGUAUAAUAUAUAACAAGACAUCACAUUAUUAAUAAUAUUUCAAUUAUUGUUUGAUAGACUGGCUGGAACUCGUAGAGGAAUAAUUAAGGUUGCCGGAAGUGGAAUUCUUUAAAUAAAAACAUGGAGCAGUGGUUAAGUGAAGGUUUAUCAAGAAUAUUAGAUUUUGAAGUGCCUGAAGAUUUAAUAAGUUAUGUGCUUUCCAUUGAAAAUGAAGAUGACCUAAAAGAAUAUUUGAAAACUUUGUUAGAUUUCGAUAAUCCACAACACAAGAAUUUUGUAUCGGAAUUGUCGAAACGAAAAUUUCCUUCUAGAGGAAAUUCUAUUCCAAAGCAAAAGAAAAAGAUCUCUAAAAAUAAACAACAAAAACAACAAGAUUUUGUAUCAGUUGAAGAGCCACCUGCUCAGACUCAAAAUGUUGAUCCAGAAGCAAAGUCAAAAAAGAAAACUAAAUAUGUUAAUCUGUACUCUCAAGAAGGAAAGAAUGCUCAGGUGAUCCUGUUAAAAGGACGUCACCACUGCGACUGUCAGGCUUCUAAGCAUGAACUAAUCAAUAACUGCUUAUAUUGUGGUAGAGUUGUUUGUAAACAGGAAGGAUCGGGACCAUGUCUUUACUGUGGAAACUUGGUAUGCACCCCAGAAGAGCAAAAAGAACUUAAUGCUAAAACAAAAGCCAGUGCAAAAUUGAUGGAGUCACUUAUGGAACGAAGUAGACCUAAAGGUUGGGAAGCAGCCAUGCUCCAUAGGAACCGUCUAUUGGAGUUUGAUAGGACUAGUGAGAAGCGCACUCGUGUCACGGAUGAUGACAGCGAUUACUUCAAUGCAGGCAGCGUGUGGUUAAGCGCGACGGAACGCGAGAAACUAGAAAAAUACCAACAGACGUUGCACGAAAAAAAGCACGCCUCGCGACUUAACAAAAAUAUGACUUUUGAUUUUGCUGGUCGUCAAGUAAUAGAGGACAACACAAUAGACUAUGAAGUUGAUGAACAGAAGAUCUCUGAUAUGACUCGCAGCGGUGGUGAUACGAAAUUCUUCAACCAUGAUCUAUUUGUGGGGGACGCGGGGGACAGGGACGUCGCACCCGGUGUCAAUGCUCAACUAUUGCAGUUCGAUUCGUCGGUGGAAGGGUCUGGAUACUCGUCUGCAGUGAGAACAGGUUGUGGUAUCGGAGCGCGAGUACAAGACGCCGAGUUGCAGGAGAUGUCUGACACGGGCCGAUGCCUCUCCAUGCAUCAACCCUGGGCAUCACUCCUGGUCGAGGGCAUCAAAAUGCACGAGGGUCGAACUUGGUACAGCUCUCACCGCGGACGUCUCUGGAUCGCUUCCACCGCCAAACCACCAGAUCAAGCAACUAUUAGCGCCCUAGAAAACCAGUACCGGGUUCUUUAUCCGGAUAAGCAAUUGAAGUUCCCUUCGUUCUAUCCGACUGGAUGCUUGCUUGGCUGUGUCACCGUCGAGGACUGUUUGCCCCAAGAAGAAUAUCAAAAGAAAUAUCCUGAGGGAGAGAGUGAUAGUCCAUAUGUGUUCAUAUGUUCUAACCCCAUAAGUUUAAGACUAAGAUUUCCGAUCAAGGGUCAACAUAAGAUAUAUGCCUUAGACAAGACUAUUCAUCAAGCCGCGAUUAAAUGCAUUCAGAAGAUGGGAAAAAUGCAAGCGGAAGUCAACGCUGGAUAAAAAUAUAACACAUUCUAUGAAAAAAUAUUUAUAACUAUUUAUUAAGUAUUUAAUUCCUCGUUAAUAAAGCUCAGUUUUGUUAAAGAAGUGGUUUAUUUACACGAUUAACAACUUAUUUUAUAAAUAUAAUUUUAUUUUUCACAUACACACAAGCUGUUUCAC